AUGCCGCCGGUGCGCUUCAAGGCACCGCAGCAAGUGCGCAUUCGUUGUCCUAAAGGUCGCAUCGUUCCGCUCAAUGAACCCGAUAUCAAGAUCGGCAAGACUGUCGUCGCUGCUGCCCCCCACAGAAUCACAGCGGAGCAGCUGGAGCAGGCGAGAAGGACGUUGAGGAGGUGCAGCAGCUAUUCCCUGCCUUUCGUUCCCAUCCCCUCUCCCUGCUUCGCAUUAGGUCUUGCGAGUAAUGCUGAGUACUGCAUGAGCUUCGAAAUGCGCAGCAGUGUCCUAGCUUGGUAUUUGGGUCGUUCUAAAGAAGUACAUGCAACAGUGCAUGCAACUUAUCCUGUUACCAGGAAGGCGGAGGGGGUGAAGAUGGGACAGGGAAAAGGACGUGUGUUGUUCCACAUCCCACAAGUUAAUCCCUUCCACACCUUCAUGCCGCAGGCCCCCAACUACCACGCCUUCAAAAGGAUAGCAGGGAAACUGCCAUUCCCCGUUGUAUUUAGAGAACAGAAUAAUUAUUUUCCUCUAGACAGCGUGCAGCGGCUCAUUGAGAUCAAGCGCCGAAUGGACGCAGAAGCACACGAAACCCAAGUGAAGAACAAGCUACUUGAAGGCUUCCCACCUAAUACCUGCAACUGA